CAGCAGCAUCUCGAUCAAAUAUCUAUCUUUCUUUCUUUUUACAGAAAUCCAAGAUCUUCAAUCUCACUCACUAUUCAUACGACUGAAGAUUUCUGAUGGAUUUAUCAGUUCAAAGCUUAAUCAAGGAGAAAAAAUAUCCCUUCAUAUUCUCUAUAUUCGUACUAAUUCUCUUCGUCACCUUCUUCCUUCUCAUCGACGAUCAGUCUCCUGAUUUUUCUGCUUCCGAUCUCGUCCAAUCCAGGUAUGAAACGACAUCUCCGUCUUCUUCUCCGACCAAACCUUCCUUGCAGACUUCCGCGCCGACUCUUGAUGACGAUUUCCUAACCAACGAUACAACUUUUGCCGGCGAUUUGCAACUCAACUGGAAAUUGUGUGAUGUACCUGACGCGGUCGAUUACAUUCCCUGCCUCGACAAUAGCAAGGCGAUCAAGAUGCUCAAAUCGAGGAGGCAUAUGGAGCAUAGAGAGCGGCAUUGCCCUGAGACGAACCCUAAGUGUUUGUUUCCUCUUCCGAAAGAUUACAAGAUUCGAGUUGCCUGGCCGCACAGCAGGGAUAAGGUCUGGUUUGACAAUGUUCCCCAUCCAAAACUCGUGGAAUACAAGAAGGAUCAGAAUUGGGUGGAAAAGUCGGGUGAUUAUCUUGUUUUCCCUGGUGGUGGUACCCAAUUUAAGGAUGGAGUCACUCACUACAUUGAGUUUGUACAAAAGACUUUACCUGAAGUUGAAUGGGGAAAGCAUGUAAGGGUAAUAUUAGAUGUUGGCUGUGGGGUUGCUAGUUUUGGUGGCUUCUUACUUGACAAGGAUGUCCUCACCAUGUCAUUUGCACCAAAAGAUGAACAUGAAGCUCAAAUACAGUUUGCUCUUGAGCGGGGCAUUCCUGCUACUCUUUCAGUCAUUGGAACACAAAGGUUGACAUUCCCUGAUAAUGCAUUUGACUUGAUCCACUGUGCACGAUGCCGAGUUCACUGGGAUGCAGAUGGUGGAAAGCCACUAAUUGAACUCAACAGAAUUCUUAGACCUGGAGGGUUCUUUGUUUGGUCUGCUACACCAGUUUAUCGUGACAAUGAACGGGAUCAGAAAGUGUGGAAAGCAAUGGUGGUUCUAACAGAAGGUAUGUGCUGGAAGGUAGUGGCCAAGAAUGUUGAUUCAUCUGGGAUUGGCCUUGUCAUAUAUCAGAAGCCAGUUACAUCCUCUUGUUAUGAGAACCGUAAAGAAGAGGAUCCACCGAUUUGUGAUCCAAAUAAAAGGGAGAAGACCUCAUGGUAUGCUCCUCUUGACAGUUGUCUGACCCCACUUCCUACAGAUGCUGAACCAAGAUCAGAUUGGCCCAGCCCUUGGCCAGAACGUCUCAACAGUAAACCCCAUAGCCUACCAGCUGAAUCAAAUACAUUUGAUGAUGAUAGCAAGCAAUGGUCUGGGAUAGUUUAUGAUAUUUAUCUCGAUAACCUUGGUAUAAAAUGGUCAAGCGUGAGGAAUGUGAUUGACAUGAAGGCUGGUUAUGGAGGAUUUGCUGCAGCUCUAAUUAAACAACCAUUAUGGGUAAUGAAUGUAGUUCCUGUAGAUGGAGAAGAUACUUUAUCAGUUAUAUUUGAUAGAGGAUUAAUUGGAAUCUAUCACGAUUGGUGCGAGUCUCUUAGUACUUAUCCUAGGACUUACGAUCUUCUUCACUCAAGUUUCCUCUUCAAAAAUCUAACCCAAAGGUGCGAUGUAAUAGGAGUUGCUGCUGAAAUGGAUCGGAUUCUGAGACCUGGUGGCAUUGUGUUGAUCCGCGAUGAGAUUGAAAUAAUAAACAAGCUCACCCCUAUCUUCCAUUCACUUCACUGGUCGACGAAACUGUAUCAUCAGAAGUUCCUGGUAUGUAAGAAAGGUCUCUGGCGUCCAGAAGGUAAAACCGAAUAAGUAUAAUAAUAGGUAAUGAUAGAUGUUUCUCUUUUCUUUUUAACUUCAACAUUAUGGUGUUAGAUAAAUUUCAAGUAUUUCUUGAUUAGUAAUACAGAGAGAUGGAUGGAUAUACAAUCAAAGUAAGUGAUUUCUUAAGUUAAUAUGGCAAUUGACAAGAGAAUGCUGAAUUGUCUUUCACCA